GGUGCUUGCAAUAGUAACACGUGUUUUGCUCAAGACGCUCCCCCAUAGCUCGACCUCACGCGCUCCAAGUGCCCAUCAAAACCGACCUGCCACACCAGACACAGCCGUUGGUACGACCCAGUCUGCCUCAGCAUAGCACAGCUUCAUUGAAUACGAGCAUGCGGUGACAUGUAGCUCAGCAGAUUAGACCAUCCAAGUGCGACCGUUUCUGUAGGCACCCAGAGAAGCAGGUGUUGCUGCCUUCACUCUGCUGGCGCCACGGCCAUGCAUUCAUCAGACGGAGAUGACAAACCCCCCGGGUUCUUGAGCAAAGGCCCAGACCGCACAGCCCUUGUUGUCAACUGCAGGGAAGAUGGAAGCUUAUGAAUGACAAGCUUUUUUAGGAAGGCAACGUUGAAUGGGCAAGUCGGAAACAAUGUCGUUUUAAGAUGCGAAUGCUGCCUCGCGCGGCCAACGAAGUGUCGCGAUCGACAUGAUGCGAGAAAGGCCGGUCGGCAAAAUACCUUACGUACCAUAGGGCAGGUGGUUAUUGAACAGAUUUGGUCGCUCAGUCAGGAAAUUUCCGAUGGACUUGCCCUCGUAUAGUGGACAAGAAGCCAAACACUUAUUCCGACCAGCCUUAGGGCACUCGUGAGCAUCUUGUUGAAUGGAGGCUGGAACCACGAUGAGGAUGCUCCCGACAUGGAGCCCGACCCAAUCUGGAAGGAGGUAAAACGUCCCCGCACCUACUAGGUGGCGUCCUGCAGCAUCGAUAACGGUCUUCGCCGCCCGGUUGUGUCCGCCUCCCCAAUACCGAACGCAAUACCAAAACCUUGGCCUUUGGCCCUGCGUUGAUUGCAGCAUUCCCCCAUACAUAGAGCAACAGAGGCUUAUGCGAUCAUUGUUGUACACUGGCAUAUUCCAUCCCGGGAGUUUGGGUGUCGACUGUCUUGGCCCACGGGCACUGCACUGGGUGUUAUCAUGCAACGAACGAAUGUCGAUUGCGAAUCCUCAGAGACCCCGGCAUGGACCAACUUAUCUUAGUAUUUUUGAUACAACCUCCCCAAACAGGAAGGAGAAGUAAGCACAUGUUGCACCGCAAAAUCGAUAGAACAGGCCAGGAGUCUAUGGCGACAUCUCCAACAUUCGUCUGGACUCUGAUCAGAGAUGGGCAGCUACGAUGCCGAGAUGGAUCCUAGCACAACAUGUCUCGAACAGGAGGAAGGUUGCGAGACAUGGAUCAGGGUUGACACUACAGGAGAGAGCAUCUUGUGGACAUGAACAAUCGCUAUAAAAGCACCAAGGCUGUUGUUUUGAAAUGCCAGACACCUCUCAGCUUCUCUUUCCACCUUCAGAUCACCCUCGGACAACUACGGCAAAGCUCCAUCAUGAGGACAAUUCAGCUCGUCACCGCAGCCAUCACGGCCCUCUUGGCCCAUGGUGCUGCUGCCAAAGAAGUCGCCCCGGACCCGGCCGUGGCCAAGAUUUAUGACAGUGGUGCCGUCCACGAGCAGUUGAUGGCCAAGAAGCAUGCCACAUGGAACCGUGAGCUCAAAGCCGGUCACUUCAACUCCAAGAAAUGGAAGUCGCGGGGCGGUGACGGUGCCAUCCGCUGCAAGAAUGGCGUUGCGGCUGUCAUCCCCGGCGAUGCCAUGAAUACGUUCAAGUGCAACAAGGUGGAUUUUUACGAUUUCGUGUCGCACGCUGAUCUGGGAUCCGCCACUGGCGAGGGUUCGUCCUCGUGGGGCUGGACCAGCCGUGAUGGCCGUGAGUUUGUCGUCAUCGCUCAGGCUGAUGGCGCCGCCUUUGCCGAGAUCAACAAACAGGGCAAGCUUGUCUACCUCGGCCGUCUUCCUCAGACCAAGGGCAUUGAGCCCCUCAUCUGGCGUGAGAUCAGGGGGUAUAAGAAUUUUAUCAUCAUCGGAUCCGAGGCCGCCGGCCACGGUGUCCAGGUGUUUGAUAUGAGCAAGCUUACCAAGAUCAACCCCAAGAAGCCCGUCACCUUUGACCCCGAGAAGGAUGUCACUUCCUGGUGGAACGACCUGCCCAUUGGCCGCACUCAUAACGUUGUUGUCAAUGAGGAAAAGCAGUAUGCCGUCGCCGUCGGCGCUGCACCCCGCACCAGCGCUUGCCGGUCCGGCCUCAUCUUCAUCGAUCUCAAGGACCCAGCCAAGCCCAAGACGCUCGGAUGCGCCGCAGGUGACGGAUACGUCCAUGACGCUCAGUGCCUGACAUACCGGGGUCCUGAUUUCAAGUACUGGGGCCGGGACAUUUGCUACGGUUACAACGAGGACACCUUGACCAUCUACGAUGUUACUGACAAGAACGCCACCAACAUCAUCUCACGCACCAGUUACGAAGGAGCAGCCUAUACUCAUCAAGGCUGGGUCACUAACACUGCCUGGCAGGAGUUCCUCGUCCUUGAUGAUGAGCUUGACGAGGUUAACGGUGUCGGUCCGGCUGCCAGCGGGUAUCCAAUCACUUACUUUUGGGACAUUCGCUCUCUUGAGAGCCCCAAGCAAACUGGCUUCUUCCGGAGCGCUGCUUACGGCAUUGACCACAACCAGUUUGUCAUUGACGGUCUCUCUUACCAAAGCAACUACGGCUCUGGCUUGAGAAUUCUAGAUGUAUCAAGCUUGUCCAGGGACCCUACCGGUGCCCGAGUGAAGGAGGUUGGCUUCUUUGACAUUUACCCCGAGGAUGAUGCUCUUCCAGAGGGUGGUAUCUUGGAUUUCGUCGGCACUUGGAGUCACUACCCCUUCUUCAAGAGUGGAUUUAUCCUCAUCAACACCAUUGAACGGGGCGCCUUUGUCGUCAAAAGGGCCAAAUAAGGGGGAGGAAGUGUCAUGGAAUACAGUGUAAUACCUGGGUAGCAGUAAUUAUCUAAUAGCUAUCAAUUCCCCGUGCGGACCAGAA